AUGAGCCAUGCCUCCAGGCCCUCCAAACGUGCGCGAGUUUCGGACAAAGACCGCACACCCCAGGAUGCACAACGUGUUGGGCCUGAGCCUGCUGCUGACCUGCGUGCUAGGUUUCCUGGCAGGAGUCCUCCUGUUCCCAGGGGACCCAAGGGCGACGGGCCCUUUGGACCUCCACCGGCUGUUCCAGUACGAGAACCCCCCGUGGAGCCAGCCAAUCCGCCGCGAGCAGAAGCAGCCGGCGGCAGUGACGACGAGUUCUCUCUGGACUCUGCACUCCUCACCCCUGAGAUGGGGAGUCAGGACGGGAUUAGUGAAAGUUCCGACUUCGACUUGGUCUUGCAAGAUGACGAUUUGGACAACGCCAAGGCAAGACUUAGCACGCUCUAUCGGAGGGAGCUAUCAGUGCAGAACCCAACAGCCACGACUCGCUCCACCGCUGGAAAAAUGUCCUGGUUCCAGAGAGACACGGCUUCCUGUACUUGGGAAGAGCUCCAGGCCAAAGCCCCCCGCUAUCUCACCAACGAGAGGUACGCAGACUGGGAAAAUUGGCGGAAUGCAUAUGCUCACAGCCAUCGCAGGGCCGGGGUGAGGGUUUCCUCCACAGCCGUGGUGGAGGAGGGACCUAGUCUCUGGGGGCCCCCAGGAGACUUCAAUGCCGUGCUGACAGCACAACGCCCGCACGUGGGCGCCACAUGCCAGCCGCAAGGGUCAGGCCAGGCUCUUGCCACAAUCGAUGCCACCGAGCUUCAUCAGGUUCGAGACUCCAUCAGUCGUGCUCUGCUUGAUGCUGCGGAACAGCAUUUCCCACCCAGCAGGCCAGCUGACAAUCGCCUUAGUGCAGCAGGUGGCUUUCGCGCCUCUGCCAGACACACUUGGCAGCUCUACCGGGAGCUGAAGGCAGCACAUACUGUCACGCCGCACUCUGUCUUCCGACAGUGGCAGGCUGCUGCAGCCUUCGCGAAGGCAUCCAAGGCGCUGCGAGUUCAAACCCGGCUCCUGAAGAAAACCUCUGUACUUCAUAAGCUGGAAGAAGCAGAGCAUGCAGCCAACAAAGGCGAUCAGAAGGUCCUGCAUCAGAUUGUCCGCAGCCUUACUCCGAACAAGCGUCAAUUCUUGUCGAGACUUCGCGACCCGCAAGGUCGCCUCCUUGAUCCCGUGGCCUCCCUGCAGGCAAUGUUGCAGUAUGCCCGGGACACCUUUUCGGUCCAUGCUGAUGAUCCCGUAGAGCUAUGCAUGACUCAAGGCUUGGACAUUUCCGACCAAGCUGUGCAGCACGAACUGCAGAAGCUAGGAAGCAUCGCUGGCCUCCUGGGCCCUGCGCUACGCCUGCACUUCCAG